AUGUCCCUGGCUGAGUUUCAAUGUAUUGCAAGGAUUUUUUCUGAAUCCAACCUCUGUAAUUGUGUACCCAAAUGGCUCCCGAGCGCUCAAAACUGUGUGAAAUAUGCGACCAAAAUAUCAAACCAAAAGGCUGGACUACUCAUCGAAAAGCCUGCAAGAUACGUGCGGAUAAGAGACGUUGAGACCAGAAAUCCUCCUGACCUCACGCAUGGUCCUGACGCAGACUUUGAUUAUGGCAGCACGAUUGAUGUUACUGUAAUUGAACCUGAACCUGUCGACGCACACACAUUCCCAGCCUUUGCACGUGAUGACAUCAAGGUCGAACACCAUCCAAACAGCAGCAUCAAGACUACGGUUCACUCAUUUGAGACAUUCAAGUGUCAUCCAGCUCCCUCUGUGGUCCCACCUGAUAGACAGCCUUGCUCAUCAAGAUCUGUCAACUGCGCCAUCGGGAAGGAUAAGUUUACAUUUUUUAACCAUAAAGAUAUUCAUAACAAGUGGGAAGCAGCAUCUCACCGCAUUACAAAGCAUCAUAAUUUAACCUCGUUCAAAGCGCAGUUCACCAAAGAAGUGAUUUCAGUACCUUACGAUGGCAAAUUGUGGGACUUUGAUGUGCACUACCGGGAUCUUUGGGAGUUCGCUACUGAUCUACUUGGGGACCCCAGCUUAUUUCCACACUUCACAUUUGAUGCACAACACUUGUCUAAGUUCGAUGGCGAAAUGUUCGUCCGCUUUGUAGACGAGCCGUUCACUGUGCAGGACUUCUGGGAUAUCCAAGUGGCAAGCCACUUGCUUUCAUUUUGUACGCUGAAAAUGAAGCUGUCGUCAUUUGGGACUGCCAAGGGCUAUCCAGUUGUCGCUAGAAUAGCAAAUCUACCUACGGACAUUCGAAACGGACGAGGUAUAGGUAGUGGCUACGUGGUGAAAGAAGAUAAAGACUAUGCGGAAAAGUCUAGUUGGGUCAAAAAUACUGUUUGGCAUAGUUUGUUUGCACAUAAUCUCUUCGCUAGCUUCCAAAUCACGAACAGGACAAUGCUGAUUAUGAAGAACACGCUUAGUUUUCCUACUAAUGAUGUAUUACUACAGGAUGAGAUUUUGAAAGAAUAUGGACUGCGCGAUGUUGAUAAUUCAUUAUGGGCUGUACGAUACACUGAUGUCCAUCGAGCUCUGUCACACGACCGUAUGCAUAACGGCGGGCUUUGGUCGCACCAUCUAUGGGUCAAACUACAGAAAUGUGUUAAUUUUAAGCACCCAAACCAGGUUAUGGGCGUAACGUUUGCAGACAGCUCCAUGCAUGAAGACAUCAAAAAACAAGACUCCCCACUUGGCUACCUGUUACUUCGAUGCAUACACCUUUAUCUCGAAAUCGACAUAUAUGCCGCUUUCGAGGGAGGAAGUGCUGUCCAAGCUUUCACAGCGCUUAUGAAGCAAUAUAUCGCGGAAACCGUCGAUGAGAACGACAAGGGCUGGAGCUUUCCGAAAAUGCACAUGAUCAUCCACAUUUUCGACGAUAUAGAGGCUAAAGGUGCUACAAGGAACUACAACGCCAAACCAAAUGAGCAGAUGCAUGGGCCAUUGAAGAACUCGUAUCAACGCCAGACCAACUUCAAGGACUUUGCAGAAACAGAUCCUUCGGAUUAA